AUGUUAAAGAGAGAGCUGAAUCCAUGGCCAUCGACCUCCCCUCUGUCAUUCCUGGACAAGACAGAAGAAGAAAAAUGCCUGAAAGAUACAUCUGCUACUGAGGACCAGCAAUAUCAAUCCUUGGAUGAGUACUACCGUGUGAGAGUAUUCUAUGUGUUUUUAGAUACAAUAUCACAAGAGCUACAAAGAAGAUUUAAAGGUGGAGACAACACAACAUGGGGUAUCCUAAAUGCCUUUCAUUGUAUGACAGUCCAAGAUAACUGGAAAGAACCAGUGAAUGAAGAAGCAUUAAAGUCAUUGCAAAAAUUAUGCCAGUUUUAUGAGUUAGAAGAAGUAGACAAGCUACGUUUGGAAUUAAAGAUCUUCUAUUCCUCAUUUCCUUGCCUGCCACAGAACACUGCAGCUACAAUGCUCAACCUGAUGAAAGAAAACAAUGUCCAGGAGAUAUUGCCACUUAUGCUUGAACUCUUAACCAUUUAUGCCACUCUACCCGUCACAACUGCAACAGUGGAAAGGAACUUCUCCAAACUCAAGCUGGUGAAGAAAAAGCUAUGUAGCCUGUCCGGUGAGGAGAGGUUAUCUGAUCUUUUGUUGCUAGCAGUUGAAAAGGAUAUCACAAUCAACAACAGAAAGUUAUCAGCAUAUUCAAAGAUAUGGCACACAGAAGGGUUCUCUUCUAAAUAUAAAAUGAUAAGGUCUGGUUAUUAG